AUGCAUGGGGAAAGUGUUGAGACAGAUAAAUUAAGAAUAAAGAAGAAGGCAAAUAUUAAUUCAAAUAGCCAAGACAAUUCAAAAAUAAAAAAUAAAAUAAAAGGAAAAGACAAAUCUAAAGGUUCUUGGAGAUUUAGCUCAAAUGAGAUGUCUAAUGAUGAAGUUGAUAUAGUCAAAAGAGAUAGAGAUUGUGAAAAUGAUGAUAUAGUAAUAACUGAGCUUGUUGUGGAUAAAAUUAUAAACAAUAAGGGAUUAAAUAAUGAAAGGAGCAAAGAUCAUGACAAAGUCGUUGAGCUAGAGUGA